AACGACGGAAAGCAUUCCUGCUCAAGCGAAAGAUGCAUUACAAUGAAUUUGCUGCCGUUCAGUUGGCAAAGAAGUUGAUGGCCGAGGAUGAAGAUGAAGACGAUGAUGCCGGUGACGACAGCAAAAAGCAAAAGUCAGAGUCAAUUCCAGCUGUUGUAUCAGAGGCGUCUGAGAAUCUGAGUGAGCAGGUUGGCUCAGCUGCAGAUGAUGAAACCUCCACAGAGUUACCGACGUCAGGCGGCGAGGGCUUAGAGUAA